AUGUGGGGAAAAUGUGGUUUAGUGGAUGAAGCACAACGAGUUUUCAAUCGAAUUGGUCAACCAAGUAUCGUCGCUUUUUCAGCUAUGAGAAAAGAAGCAAUUGAAUUAUUUCAUCAAGUACCAAUGAAAAUGCUGGAUGAUCAGAUUUAUGUUUGUGUAUUAAAUGCAUGUUCUCAUUCAGGUUUAAUUCAAGAAGCGGAAAACAUUUUCAAUGAAAUUCCUUAUGAGAAACGAAUUGAAAGUGUCUAUACCAGUAUGAUUGAUUGUUUUGCUCGUUCAUUUCAAUACAUGACAAUGUUAUCAAGCGCCAGAAAUAAAAAAGAUGCCGUCUUAGCUCAACAACUAUUCGAUCGGAUUCGUCUAUUAUUUUCGGAUGAAAAACAGAUUCUUUCCUCAGCAACAGUUGUUUUAGCAAAUACCUAUGGAUUCAGUGGAAAUUUAGCACGGACAUCAGAUCUUCGAACAAGAAUGGCGGAAUCUGGAUUGAAGAAAGUGCCUGGACGAUCAUCGACAGUUGCCAAUGGCGAAAUUGUGCAUUUUUACGCGAAUGAAUCUGUUCUAUGGACACAUUCGGAAAGACUUGCUAUUGCUUUUCAAUUGAUUCAAAAUCCUAAACCGUCUUUCAUUGAAAUCAUACAGCAAUCAAACUAA